AGGAGUGUAGACCGACACUGCCGGAACUUUCUUCUUCCACUCACAUAUCUACCAACUUCUGAAAAACAAAAAAAAAGAUGUUAGUCAUUAUGGCAUUUUUAACCGCUCUCCUGAUAUCAGGAAACACCAAAGAUGAAAAGGUGCUGGAUGCUUUCCCAAACCAGACAAUGAACUGCAAUGAGAGAACUGUCUUACAGUGCAACAUCAGCAAAUCAAUGAAGUUGAACAUUGUUGCAAUAUUCUGGAGAAAACAAUCAGAAGAAGGUUUUAAAUGUGAUCCAACAUCAAGUAACAACCCUCCAGGAUUUGAGUGCAACUACACAAGGGAAGCAUUAACAUUAACUAUUUUACAUCCUACACCAGCAAACAUAGAUGUAUAUUCUUGUUGUAUAAGGGCGGACUCUACACAUGGAUCAGAGAAAAUCAACGUUUCUUUAGGAAAGUGCAGUGGAGAAUUCUCCCCAAAUAUGACUGGGCCCGGACAAAUGGAAUGUAGCUUUAAUAGUGUGUAUCCGGACGGAAUAAUAAACUGGUUUCAUUACGACAGGAACGUGACUUCCAACUCUAAUAUCACAAGCCUGAAGAACUCUGAUGGAACAUUCAACAUCUCAAGUAUCCUAAACAUUCAAGACAAAGAAGAGAGAUAUAACUGCUCUCUGUGGUCAAUCAAAAAUGGACGAUACCUUAAAGAUCAAGAGUUUGAAGUGGAAGUUGGUGUUGGUCUUGGUGUUGGUUUCAGUCAAGGUAGCAGGACCAGUACGCAGCAUUGUUUAUCAUGGACUCUUCUCCUUCUUGCCCUUAUGUUUUCAUUGAGAACCUGUUUGUCUUUAUAAUCUUUAUAAAUCAACUCAACUCCUACUCAAAUAUCACAAGACCCAAUAAAAUAACCAAAUAUCUGGUGGGUUUAAAUAAAUGAAAUGUGCAAGAUA